AUGUACCUGGCUGAGGUGGGCUACAAGGAAGUAUCCAGAGAACCCCAUUGCUCAUCAGAUUUCUCCAACUUUGAGACGGAAUCUGUGCACCAAAGAGACAAGGAGAUUCAAGCAGAUCUGGAUCGCACCAGCAAUGUGGAAGGGUCUGAAUAUUCUUACCAAGGAGGCAGUGUAGGGUUCAAGGAGAUGCAAACUGAGAUUGAGUUUGCUGUGCAGAUAACCCCAAUUAAAGAUUUGAAAAAGCAUCGGGAAAGGAUGCUUCUCAGAAAUGCAUGUGUGACUUCUCCCUUCCCCACCCGCAAUCUGUUUCAGGAUGCCAACGGUUCAGGAUCCCCAGCUAUCCCCGCUAUUGUGACUGAUACGCUUGCUAAUGGAGACCAACAAACACCGUUAGGGACCAGAAGGCAGCUAGAAGCCACCAGCAGCCCUCUGCCAUUAGACGCGGUUGCCAAAGAGGAGAAGGAUGAGCACAGAGAGGAUAAGGAUGGCCAAGGAGCCAAAGAGCAGGAGCAGGUGCCCCGAAUUGUGGUGAGCGGAGGAGGAGAGUCGGAGUGGUCAAGCAGCAGGUUGAACUUAGCCAACGAGACUGAGCUGGAGAAGAGGAGGAUGGAGUUUGAGCUGACGAGGCUCAAAUACGAGCACGAAGAGAACGAGAGGCAGCGGCAGCAUGAGGAGAAGAUGGAGCAGCUGCGCCAGCAGCAGGCGCCACCCAAGAAGAUUGGACAACAGCUCCACGAACUCCUUCAGCCCCAGAACGAGUAUGCCUUAUUUUUUUUCUGCUUCAUCUUUAUCCACUUUAUUUACACAGCCAGGGAGCUGGCUUUCUAUUUUAUUAUGAAACACGACAUAUUCUGCUUUGCCAUUUUGAUGUGUUUCGUUUUCAAGAAGAUUUUACUGGAUUACAUAAGUGGGAGAAACUAAUCACGAAACAGCAGCAGACUCUAGACAGCAGAGAAAAAAAGAGGACAAGGAACUUCCUGGUGUUUAUGUAUCUCUGUUCUAUCGACUUUCCUUCCCUCCUCUUUAGAAUUUCCCCCUUUUAGAAUUUUAGAAUUUCCCCCUUUUCAAACGCAUGCGAUGAUUACAAGAUUUGGCUUGGCUGUCUUAAGUGCACUGGUAGUUCUCUCUAUCAAAUGCCCCUGCUGAGUGUUGUUGUUGUUGUGUUGAGUGUUGUUGUGUUGUUGUUGUUGUUGCUGUAUUCCUUUCCUAUUCAGUUAUAGGCUCAUCCAUUGCAGCCAUCCCACCUGAGCCUGUCACAGUUAUUAAAAUUAAUAAAUUGGCCUAGUAUUUUUUUUAAAAAAAACCUUAUUCUAUUUGCACAUUUUUAUGUAUCUCCAUUCAAUCAC